AUGGAGAUUGCAAAGUCGAAAGGUCCAAACGAGCUACUGACUUGGGAAGAUAUUCAGAAGAUGAAGUUUUCUUGGAAUGUGGCAUGUGAAGCAUUAAGACUAUCACCACCUGCUCAAGGAGCCUUUAGAGAGGCUAUAACUGAUUUCACAUAUGCAGGCUUUAGCAUUCCAAAGGGAUGGAAGACAUUUUGGACUGUGCAUACAACACACACAAAUCCUCAAUAUUUUCCCGAGCCAGAAAAGUUUGAUCCUUCGAGGUUUGAUGGAAGUGGGCCUGCUCCAUACACUUACGUCCCCUUUGGAGGCGGACCUCGGAUGUGCCCUGGGAAAGAGUAUGCUCGGCUAGAGGUGCUCGUUUUCAUGCAUAAUGUGGUCAGAAACUUCAAAUUGGAGAAGGCAAUUCCAAAUGAAAAGAUAGUUUUCCAUGCAUCCCCUGUUCCGAUGAAAGCCUCCACCCUCAUGACAAACAAAUAUCUUAAAGCUUCAUUACUAGAUCGUCUUAGGGGUGUAACUUCCCAUAUGCCAUAA